AGAGAAGGUGAGGUGAAGGCGCGAACUGUAGUACUGACUGGCGUUCGUGUUCCGUGUUCGACUCGACGCGCUCGUGCGUGGCAUACAGACGAACACCUCACAAGGACAACCAGUCCCCUCACUCAGGAAGCUUCCCGGGGAAAGAAUGUGCGGGUGUGCGGCCCUCGUCGCCGGAGCCCGGCCGCCACGGCCCGUCCUCCCCCGCAGGCUCCGUCGCCGUCGAGGGAGCUCCGUCCGAGCAGAGGUCUCACCAGGCGGUGAGUCCCAGCCGAAGAAGGUCACCGUCGCAGGCGCCGGCUGGGCCGGCUUUGCCGCCGCGCACCACCUCAUUAAACAGGGGUACGAUGUCACGCUUCUUGCUGCGGAGAGUGGCCCAACGGAGGAGGUUGGCCUCAGAGGAUUCUGGCAACCGUAUCGCAACAUCUUCGCUUUAGUCGACGAGCUGGGGAUCUCGCCUUUCACGGGCUGGAAUAAAGCAGCAUACUAUUCUACGGAGGGCCUUGCUGUCGAAUUUCCCAUAUUUCAUAACCAGCCCCGAUUACCAGCUCCCUUUGGAGUCUUUGCAUAUCCAGAAUUCCCUAAUCUUCCUUUGAGUGAUAGGCUGACAUCAAUUCCUGUCAUAGCUGCAGUCAUUGACUUCGACAACACUGACACUGCUUGGAGGAAAUAUGAUGCAAUGACUGCAAAAGAGCUUUUUAAGAUGUAUGGUUGCUCUCAAAGGCUCUACAGGGAAAUUUUUGAGCUAGUUAUUCAGGCUGCCCUGUUUGCUCCUGGUGAGCAAUGUAGUGCAGCUGCAACACUGGGGAUGCUGUACUAUUAUGUGUUGUCUCAUCAGGAAAAUUCUGACUUCUUGCUGUGCCGUGGUGAAGUAGAAGAAAAAAUUUUCUCUCCUUGGCUGCAAUCAUUGGAGCUUAAAGGCUUAAAAUUUGUAGAAAAUAAAGUUCCAACAAGUUUGACUACAGAUGUGGAUAGCGGAUGCAUCUCUUCUAUUGUUUGUGGUGAUGAUGUGUACGAGGCAGAUGCAUUUGUUUUAGCCAUGGGACUCUCUUCUCUACAAUCCAUCGUCAAAAACAGGAAUCUUCUUCACCUAUCUACAGUCGAUGUGAUCUCUGUAAAAUUAUGGUUUGAUAAAAAGAUCAUAAUUCCAAAGGUUGCCAAUGUGUGUUCUGGUUUUGAUGAUUCAUCUGGCUGGGCAUUCUUUGACCUUACCUCAGUAUAUGAUGAUUAUUGUGAAGAAUCAAUAACCAUUGUGGAGGCUGAAUUUUAUAAUGCUAGCCAUUUGGUACUCUUAAGUGAUGAUGAUAUUGUCUAUGAAGCUUCAUCACAUCUUAUCAAAUGCAUACAAGAUUUUGAGGGCGCAAUUGUGAUAAGAUAUUCAAUCAGAAGAUCUCCUAAUUCUGUAAUCAACUUUCUUCCAGGCUCGUAUAAGUACACACUGAGAGGAUCAACUUCCUUUCCAAAUUUGUUUAUUGCUGGUGAUUGGAUUGUCAACCGACAUGGGUCCUUUUCUAAAGAAAAAGCAUAUGUGACUGGACUUGAAGCUGGUAAUAGGGUAGUAGACUAUUUUGACAUUGGGGACUUUGCCAAAAUAAUUGCAGUUGAAGGAGAUGAGCCCCAUAUAGAGACAUUGCGAAGUCUCAAUAGAAGAGCCAAUGAACUGAAGUCACAAAUUCCAUUCUCAGAAUUCUUUCUCCAAUAAUUUUGUUGGGAUUUUUCUGUGUUUGUUGAGCAUUGCCAUUGUUGUAGGCAUUGUUAUUAAGUCGGUAAGGUAAAGCGUGGCGACCUAGCCCUUUGAGUCGACUAGACGCUUAAGGCGCGCAGCGAGGUGUCGCCAUACAGAUGUCCUAACCUACAGGAGAGCAAUAGAAACAUACCUUGUUGAUGCCAAUUUUGGAGCUCCAGUUUCGCUUGUUCCAUGUAGCGUGUAUCCCCCUUACAGAUUGCAACAUGAACAUGUUGUGAAUUAUAAUUAAUGUAAGAAACAAUUUAUAAUGCAAUGAUUGAAUGAAUCAUCUGUGUAAAAUAUA